AUGCAUCCAGAGAAGGGCAAGGAGCAAUACAGGGAGUGCAUGCGGAACCAUGCGGCGACACUCGGCACCUACGCCGUGGACGGCUGCGGCGAGUACACCCCCGACCCUUCCAGCCCCAGAGGCCUGCAGUGUGCUGCCUGCGGUUGCCAUCGGAGCUUCCACCGCAAGUACGUAGCGGUCGGUGAAACGGGCGGUGGUGGGGCAGGCGGCGACAGCUUCAUGGUGGGGUUCUCGCCGCCGUCGGCCUCCGAUGAGAGGAACGACGGCAAGAAGAGGACGCGGACCAAGUUCUCGUCGGAGCAGAAGGAGCAGAUGCUGCAGUUCGCAGAGAAGAUUGGUUGGAAGGUGCAGCGGAAGGACGGCGGACAAGACGAGAUCGCGAGCUUCUGUCGGGAGAUUGGCAUUACCAGACAGAUGUUCAAGGUGUGGAUACAUAACCACAAAGGCUCCUCGACGUCUUCCUCCACGACCACGGGCACCAACACCACCGCCACCGAUUAA